CCGCACCCACGCGGCGCGCAGGAGACGGGCAGAGAGACAGCGGGGAGACAGGGGGGAGAGAGAGAGGGGCCGGCCCGCAACAAUGGCUAUGCCGCUCAGGAGUUGGGUCUUCAACGAAGUGUGGAAGCACUGCUGCCUGAUGCUGUGGAUGGCUGCCACCACCUUCGUCUUCUGCCGCACGUUCCUGCUCUAUUACUACGGCCCCGAGUACUACUACCUGCACAAGAUGCUGGGGCUAGGAUUGUGCCUUAGCCGUGCCUCGGCUUCCGCAAUCAACCUCAACUGCGCCCUCAUCCUGCUGCCCAUGUGCCGCACCACGCUGGCGCUGCUGCGGGGAUCACGGAGGGUGACGAGUCGUGGAACCCGGAGGCUUCUGGAUCGGAACAAAUCAUUCCACGUCGCGUGUGGGAUCGCCAUCGCCCUGUUCACAGGCUUGCACUGCGCAGCACACAUGGUCAAUGCCUGGAACUUCUCCGCCCAUCACUCAUUGCAGUUUCCCGAAAUCAAUGUCGUGCGAUAUCGAAACGAGGAUCCAAGGAAAAUCCUUUUCACAACGGUCCCAGGUGUUACGGGGAUCCUCAUGGUCGUCAUCCUCUUCCUGAUCGGAACUUCAUCCACUCGACAGAUCAGAGUGACUUCCUACAACGUCUUCUGGUACACCCACAGCCUCUACCUCGUCUUCUUCCUGCUGUUGCUGCUGCACGCGACCGGUGGAGUUCUCAAAGUGCAAACAAACCUCCUGGAACAUCCGCCGGGAUGCGAUACCCACGGGCGGCCCGGCAACGCCACAUCGCUUCCCGGCGUCGGCAUUCCUGAGCCCCUUCCCGAGGGAUUUGCCGAGCCGGAGCCAGGGAUGGCGAAGAAAUCCGGGGUGGAAUGCCGUGAGCUGCCCAGAUUUCAGUCGCAAAUUCCCGAGGCCUGGCUGUGGGUGUCGGGCCCCUUGUGCCUCUACUGCGCCGAGCGAGUCUACCGCUUCAUCCGCAGCAGCCGGGCGGUCACCGUCACCUCGGCCGCCCAGCACCCGGGCAACGUCCUGGAGAUCCGCAUGCUCAGGCCGGGCUUCACCGCCCGGCCGGGCCAGUACGUGCUGCUACAUUGCCCAAGUGUCUCAACGUUUGAGUCUCAUCCAUUUACCCUCACAGAGUGCCCGCCAGACUCGAAAGGGAACUUUGCUAUUCAUUUGCGAGUGCUUGGCGACUGGACAGCUUCUCUCCGAGAUCAGCUGAUCACAAACCAGAACCCAAAUAUGGAGUAUCUACGCACAAGCCCCACUCCUCCUCGUCAGCACCCAAAGCUGUACAUAGACGGGCCGUUUGGGAGCCCAGCGGAGGAGGUGUUCAACUACCGCGUGAGCCUGUGCGUCGCCGGGGGGAUCGGGGUGACGCCAUUCGCCGCCGUGCUCAACGCGCUGCUGCAGCAGUGGGGCGGCGUGCGUCUGCGGCGCCUCUACCUCGUCUGGGUGUGCAAGGAGGCGCGCGACUUCGGCUGGCUGGCGGCCGUGCUCACGGCGCUGCACGGCAAGCUCUGGCGGGAGAACCGGCCGGACUUCUUCAGCGUGAGGCUUUUCACCACGAGGUCCGGCGCGCUUGAGAGACUGGAAGAGAAAUAUCACGCUCUGAAUUCACGCAUGUCCGUGGGCAGACCCUGCUGGAGGGCGCUCUUCAACGAGAUCGCACAGUGCAACCAAAGGACGUCGGUCGGCGUCUUCUGCUGUGGACCCCAGAAGAUGUCGAGAGCCGUGCACCGGACUUGCAACCGAUGUAGCGCGCACGGCACGAGCUUCCACUACAACAAGGAGUCCUUCGGCUGAGCCGGCGACCCAGGGCGGCGUCACGGGCCGGGGAGGGGGGGGGGGGUCGAGGAGGAGGAGCGACCUCGGAGAUCCGCGGGAGCGAGGUUUCACUCGUCAGGCUCGUCGCGAUUGCACCGCUGUCGGCUUCGCACCGUCACGCGACGAAGAAUCCGUUAGAGAAGGGAACCCGCGGAAGCGGACACCGCAGAGCCGCCUCUGAGAUCCCUCCUUCGAGCGACCUCUGACCCACGCGCUCGGUAGAGGGCAGCACUCUCCACGCUGCCCUACUAAGGAAAGCGAUGUCCGUCGCUUGACAUCAGAAUUCUCUGAACGGUAACAUUUAAACAUUCACCAGGGGACUCGCUCUCAAGACACUGAUUCAGAAAACGACAAAGCACCCUUGUACACACAGGCGGUCCCCGCUUUCCACGACGUCGCAGCGGGUUCCUGGAAACCCCGCGGUCGUAAAUCGGAUCGUCGAAAAUCCGACCCUUGUUUUCCCAGGGACAGGAGAAGAAAGUAGAAGCGUCACUCGCGUCUGACCUUUCAUCAGCCGUAUUUAAACCGUGCUUAAGAGGUGAACAUCCACACAAACACUCGAGAAAUAACGAAACUUCCACCGCCAAGCAGCGUCGGAAACCGGACCAACCGACUGUUCAAAUGCGUUCGGGGGUCGUGUCGGAAGACGUGUCGUAAAUCAGGUGCCCGCGUCGUGAAUCGAUCCACGGUGGCAUUAUUUGAAUGUGGUUCGUCGUAAAAUUGGACCGUCGUAAACCAGAGGCUGCCUCUAUUCAACUUUAAAGACUGAACUGUGGUCAGUGAGAAUUAUACAUUUUUCUUUGCUUCACCCUUAGGAGGCACUGUGACCUGAAAAUGUAUACAACCAUUUGGUCUAGUUUAAUAAAAUGGCUCAAACGACAUUACACAUUUUAAAACGUGGACUAUUUAUUUUCCAGUCAAUGACAGAGACAGAGCACUGAGUGCUGCUCGACUCGGGAUCUCGCCUCCCUCCUCCUCCUCCUCACACGGCGGUGUGCGGGGCCCGCCGCUCCGUGCCUCCGGCCCGGCCAUCGACUGGACUUCUGUGAGAAAGAGCUUUGUAGCUGAUCGGAUUACUCCGCUAUAAAUACAUAUUCUGAUGAUUCUGAACCCAAUCCCCCCUCACCCACUUGAUUGAAUUCCCAGCCACGUUCUUCGGUUCUUGCACAGGUGACAAUCGGUUCGUGGUGUCGCGACGGGUCCAACAUUGUCAUCGGCCGGCAGUUUCCAGCGAAAAUUCAAUUCUCAACUUAAACAAAGUUUUUCUAUUUUUUUACAAGCGGGCAUUCACCAAAUACACGCGCGCGCGUGAAUGUAAGGUACUGUUUGCGAGCGCCUAUUAACGAAAGUCUUGAGUGCUUAAUCAGCCAGGGAUAUCUGGCGUUACUACGAUGUGGGGUUGUGCGAUGGCAAUUAUCACGAUAUAUUUGUCAAUUUUAUUCUUAAAAUAUUUUGUGCUGUGCACCGACUUCCGACUGCCGUUCACUAAAACAUUUUUGGUGCGUUUAGUUUGUUGUCCUUCCCCCCAGCACCUCCGAUUAGCGCGGUUGGCUACGUACGGUGCGAAAGAAUGAGUUUGCAUGUCUCUCUCUCUCUCCGUGGUCGCGUGGAUUUUCCUCCAGAUCCCCCGGGUUUUCACUCCACAUUUAGAGUAUUUGUCCACACGAUAAGCCACUUCGUUGAGCUAUCAUUUGUGGGCAGGUCGCUUCUGAAACAGAGCUACAUAACUCAGUGAGCCUUACCUGGUCAAAUAAACAAAAAUAAACAUAGCUUAGCCAACCGUGCUAAUCGGGGGUGCUAAACGUGCAACACGAACUGGAAUUGGCUAAAACAACCCAACGCUCAAAGGUUACCUGCAAUUGACUCAUUUGGGAUCACAAGCAACGGUAACAGCAACAUCAACCCUUGUGCAAAUACCUGGCAGGACCCUCCUGGACAAGCGUCUUGAGACUCUGUGAGGCUUCGCUGGGCAGGCGAAUCCUGAGACCUUGUGUGUUGUGCGGCGUAGCGCACAUUUCUGCUCCACAUGGCGUGUUUAAACAUGUCGCGCGUGCCGAUGAUGAUUCCCUUACAAUUCAUUUUAAACUUGAAAUAUGUGUACUGCGUUUAUUUUUGUUGUAUGUAUAUUUUGGCCAAAGAUAUAUAUUUUGUUGUUGUUGAAAUGAUCAAAGUUAGGGUGAUUUCUGUAACGCGUGAUGCAUAUGAUUCUCUGCGCGUGCUCUGUUUUGUGAUCGAGUGUCAAUCACCACAUCACGCUGGGCUCUGCUUUCGUCCCUUGCUCAAUCCACUGCUGGACGAAGGCCUCCCUCCCUACGCCGUGUCAAAGGGGUUCGUUUGACUACAUGAUGGAUAAAGGCACCGGGACCGGUCCAGAUGCACUCACGUUCGCCGUGGGCUGGGAAUCGCAGGGUUCAUAGCGCAACGCGUUUACCAUUGUACACACACACACAGGCAAAGAUUCCCCGUAUAGCCUUUAACAGACUGUUGGGGCAAGUGCUGUUAGCGAGCACCUAUUGACACACGUACACAGACACCAAACAGACACAAAGGCAGGCAAGGACAUGCACACAGACACACAGACACACACAGACACACACACACAGACACACACACACACAGACACACACAGACAUACACAGACACACACAGACACACACAGAGACACACACACAGACACACACACACACAGACACACACAGACAGACACAGACACACACAGACACACACACAGACACACACACAGACACACACACAGACACACACAGACACACACACACAGACACAUACACAGACACACACAGACACACACAGACACACAGACACACACACAGACACACACACAGACACACACAGACACACAGACACACACACAGACACAUACACAGACACAGACACACACAGACACACACACACAGAGACACACACACACAGACACACACACACAGACAUCGAAUGGGAAUGUAGGAUACGCAGCGUGUGUUGCAAUUACCGUGGUUAUGAAAGAGGAGCAUUGUAAUGAUGUAAGCGCUCAAAUAUAACACUUCAUCUCGCAUACGGCGUCACCAUAUGCAAAUAUAAAUAUAUAUUUGUAUAAUAGUUGUGUCAUAUUUGUACAGCGGUUGAAAGGAAAGUUUCCCCCUAUUAAAGAGUGACGCGG